AUGAUACUCACACGCCUGCUAUCAGGCGUGCUGCUGCUGGGAACUGCGCUCGCGGCGCCCUCGUUAGACAAACGAGGCGUGUCGUUCAACUGGGGCUCUGAGAAGCUCAGAGGCGUCAAUAUCGGUGGCUGGCUAGUCUUGGAGCCCUGGAUUACACCCUCGCUCUUCGACAAUCUCAACCGCGGAGACAUCGUCGACGAGUACACGCUCGGUGAGAAGCUAGGCCACGACGCGGCGUUGCAGAUCUUGCGCAGACAUUGGGACACGUGGGCGACGUGGCACGACUUCAACAAGAUCGCUCAGUCUGGCUUCAAUGUCGUGCGCAUACCGAUCGGCUACUGGGCGUACGACACGUUCGGAGCGCCGUACGUGCAGGGAGCCGCUCCAUACCUGGACGCUGCAAUCGACUGGGCACGUUCCGUGGGACUGAAGAUCAUCAUCGACCUCCACGGCGCGCCAGGCUCGCAGAACGGUUUCGACAACUCGGGCCAGAGGACCGACAACCCGCAAUGGACAAGAGGCGACACGGUGAGGCAGACGCUGCAAGUCCUCAAGAAGAUCUCGGACAAGUAUGCGCGGCCCUCAUACCAGGACGUCGUCAUCGGCAUCCAGCUCCUCAACGAGCCACUCAUCGGCAGCGUCGACGAGGGCGCCACCAGGCAAUUCUACCGCGACGGCUUCGGCCAGGUGCGCGACGUGUCGGACACGCCCGUGAUCCUGCACGACGGCUUCAAGCAGCCGAGGUCGUGGAACGGGUUCCUCACGCCCCAGGACGGAAACGCCCAAAACGUCGUCAUCGACCACCACGAGUACCAGGUCUUCUCCAACGAGGGGGUCGCCAGGCAACCCUGGCAGCACCGGCAGCAAGUGUGCAAUAACGCCGACUCGUACAGCGGCGCCGACAAGUGGACUUUUGUCGGCGAGUGGACGGGUGCAAUGACGGACUGCGCAAAGUAUCUCAACGGCUUUGGCCGCGGGGCCCGCUACGACGGCACGUUCCCGGGCAGCUCGAAGGUUGGGGACUGCGGGUGGCUGAGGGAUUUGAGCCAGUGGCCGCAGUGGUACCGGGACGAUACGAGGGGGUACAUCGAGGCGCAACUGGAUGCGUUUGAGAAGAAGACGCAAGGGUGGGUGUGGUGGAAUUUCAAGACCGAGCAGGCGCCGGAGUGGGAUGCGUUUCGGUUGAUUGAUGCGGGCAUUUUCCCGCAGCCGUUGACGAGUAGGAAGUUUGGGCCCGUUUGCACGAAUCUGGGAUAGGGG